GUCAGUCGCCGCCUACCGCUUCUUUGCGGGCUGCAGCACUGUCCCACAAAACGAGCGAGGAUGUAGACAAGCCCAAGGAAGUGGGGCCCAUUCGCGGAGAGAAGGGAAAUUCUUUACAAGUUUUUCCCGAGCUUCUUGGAAACCGGCGCUACACAAGCAGAAGGAUAAAUAGGAACAACAUGGAUUUAUAUAGUGUGACUCUCGAAGGACCAGCUCCCUGGGGUUUCCGCCUGCAAGGAGGAAAAGAUUUCAAUAUGCCCCUCACAGUUUCACGGCUAACUCCAGGUGGCAAGGCAGCCCAGCAGAAUGUUGGAGUUGGAGACUGGGUGGUAUCCAUUGAUGGUGUGAAUGCCGAAGGUUUAACACAUGUAGAGGCACAGAACAAGAUCAAAGCAUGUACUGAUAGUCUCUCCCUCACCCUAAGCAGAGCAUUUCACCCAACAGCAGCCAGUAAGAAGGACAUGCAUGCUGAUGUAGCUCCACAACCUAAGUACUCAUUUGAAUCCAGCAUGUCCCUAAAUAAGAUGGCACGUCCCUUUGGUGAAGUCAGCUCAUCGCCUGGGUCACUGACCAAGCCUGUCUCUUCAGCACUAAAAUUCAACCCUCUCUCCAAGGUUCCAGGAAAUGUACUCCAGCAACAUAAUGGGCAUGAAAUAAAGGCAUUUGCAAGUGCACCGGGAGCUGAUAAACCAGAUGUGAAUUUAGGCAAAGGAACUACAAGACCUCCUGGAACUUCACCUAUGCCUUCCUGCCGACCCCCAUGGGUGACAGAUACAGAUUUUGCUGAACGAUACCGUCCUGAUAAGACAACUACUGUAAUGACCCAGCAUAGCCAACUUGCCCAGCCUACUCCAAUGCAGAACCGCAGCUCAAUUGUGCAGGCAGCACAGCAGGCACCAGGUGAUCCUGGCCGGACACCAGUGUGUGCUCACUGCAACAAGAUCAUUAGGGGUCGUUACCUGGUAGCAUUAGGUCGUUCAUGGCACCCAGAAGAGUUCACCUGCUGCCAGUGUAAGGCUGUUUUGGAGGAAGGAGGAUUCUUUGAGGAGAGAGGUUCUAUCUACUGCACCAAAUGUUAUGAUAGCCGCUAUGCACCCAACUGUGCUAAAUGCAAGAAGAUAAUCACAGGGGAAAUCAUGCAUGCUUUGAAGAUGACUUGGCAUGUUCAAUGUUUUGUAUGUGCUGCAUGCAAAACCCCGAUAAGAAACAAUGCUUUCUAUAUGGAGGAAGGAGAACCAUAUUGUGAGAAAGACUAUGAGAAGAUGUUUGGCACAAAAUGUCAUGGCUGUGACUUCAAGAUAGAUGCUGGUGACCGUUUCCUCGAGGCUUUGGGCUACAGUUGGCAUGACACCUGUUUUGUAUGCGCUGUUUGCCAGAUGAACUUGGAAGGGAAGACAUUUUAUUCCAAGAAGGACAAACCUUUAUGCAAAACCCAUGCUUUUUCUCACGUGUGAAUCUGCCUUGAGAUCCAGUGGAUGGAUACAGGUACUUGGGAAAAGAAAACAAGUAUGCCAAAACAAAAACAACAUUUUUACAACAUCAUUGCUUUUAACCAGAAAUAUAAGAUUUACUCAUAGUUCCAACUACUCUACCCAACCAUUUAUACUGGUAAUAGUUUGUAAUCAUAACCUGCAAAUAUUUUUCUGGACACGCACUUUGAGAAACAGGAAUUAAAAUGAAAUUGUGCUCAAGUUCAAUAAAAUCCUAACCACCUGCAGUGUUCAUUUAUUAUUGUCACCAUUUUCUGUUUUUAUGUGUGCUAAAUCCAGUUUGUUUCUUGAGAGCCUUUGAUGCAUGUUCAUUCCAUUUGUGUUCUAACACUGCAUCACUUGUUGUGCCGUCUUCAAUCAUGUUGGGAGUACAUAGACGCAGGUAUUUAAUAGCUUAUAAGCUGCAAUAAAGAACAUUUCAUAGAGUGCAACAUUCUCUUAUUGUUUACAUUUAUGGAUAUAAUCAAAGCAUUGUAUUUUACGGAUUGAUGCUGUUUUCUUUUCUUUCCCCAAGUUUCUAAUGUAAAGAUAAUUAAAUUAAAAAUGAAAGUUCAUUAGAAAUGAGUAUUUCUACUAGGCUAACCAGUUUUCCAAAGUUGGUAGAAGUUUUAUUUCAGUCAAAAUAAUUACUUAUUACUCAUUUUAGUUGCUUAAUCUUUAAAUCACUAGUGUACUGUGGUAGCUCUAACUUAUCAAAUAAUAAAACAUUUUAAAAUUUCUGACCUUAAAAUAUUUUUGGUCAACCUGGAGUCAAACUUUGGCUAUACUAAGAUGUUCAACUUCAUGAAUACCCAUUGAGAAAGACCUGUUGUGGGAUUUAAAGAUCCUACGUGAAUUAAAGGAAAGAUCUACAAAACAAUAUUCCUGGGCAAAAUAGGAAAUUAGAGUCUUCAAGUGUAUUGUCGGACUUUUAGAGAAGGGCAGAGCUCCAGAGAAUUUUUUAAACAUGCAAGGACUUUUCAGAACCUGUAAGAAACAUGCAAGGGGUGUCAGAGUCAUUAGUUAAAUUUACUUUCCAGUAAUGAAACAAUGGAUACGUGAACCCAUGCAUGUUUAGUCUAAAGUGUAAUGGUCACAGCUUUAAGAUUAGUUUAGUGUGCCCUUCUCCACUUCUUGCUAUAGUUAAAAAUUAGAAGGUGUUUGUUGAUAUUUGAAUGAUGCCGUAGCUUGAGCACAGAGAGCCAGGCACAUGCUCCUUGAUGAAAGCCCCACAGCACCAUUUUCUUGGUUGUUUUGCUGUUUGUAAAGCCUUUUUUUUUCCCUUUCUCUUUUCAGUAUCACAUGUACUGUCUUUAAAAUAUUUCUUUAUCUCUUUGUAUGUUAAAUGCAUAUAAUGUUUCUACAGAUAUGUCUAUGUGAAAGAUAAAAAAAAUCUAAUUGUUAGAGAUUUUAAACAGGCAAAUAAACUUUGUUACAUCACUGGAUAUAA